AUGGACAACUCGACAAAGGUGAUGAACAGAAACCUCGAUGCAACAGUUGCGAUUCCAGGGGAAUUUCAAAAUGCAACGUUCCAGAUUGCGGAUGCUCAUACCGCAGGUAUACUGCCUGAACCAGCAUCCGUCACGGCCGAGACUCCUCGACCCCCAUUCGCCCCCGAAACAGUCACUCCACAGCGUAUAGAUAUCCAAGAAGAAGAUCGUGAAGCUAUAGAGGACUCUGUAGCUUUGGAAGAUUCAGAUGAAGAGCCAAGAUCCGAGUUAUUUCCAUCUUCUAACCUCAAUAACGCGUCUACAGUGACUGUUGCAGCAGACAACAGUCUGGCCGUGAUAACUGAGGCUCGUGUGAAUCCAACGUCUUCACGAAAGUCAUGUUUGGAGAAAGCCUCAGCCUAUGACUUCCCAACAAACUUCGGCUUACCUCCUGGAGAUCAAGAAAUUGCGUUACUGCGGCACUUUCGUGAUAAUUUGUGUCCGUGGCUGGAUAUUGGGGGAUCAAAGUCAGCGGCUGGGCUCGAUAUUAUGGUCCUGGCCAAAUCCAGCAGAUCACUCAUGUCCUCAAUUCUCUGGCUAGCCUCCGAACAUUAUGCCUCAGUAUCUUUGCAGUCUGAAAUUGAUUUUAUUCCAGAUGCUGUCACGUACCGUCAACAUGCUACAGAGGGCCUCGAGCUUGAACCGGAUGACAUUACUGUCAAACAUAUAGGACACGGGUUGUUAACAUUGAAGGAGCUACUUGGAUCAAAGCCUCGGCAAUGGACCGGUAUCUUGGCACGGAGUACCAUUUACGAUACCACUAUAACAUUCGUACCCCCUGAGGAGACCAUUGAUUCCUUGUUUUGGGCCUUACUCAAGUUUGGUACGGUUGAUCCUGGACAUCAUGUUUUAGAAUGA